AUGGCGUCAUUCGGCUCCGCGGUCGGUUCCCCUUUGAAAUUCCUGGUGGCCCUCGCGGCCACCGUGCUCCCGGGCGCGGCGGACCUCCAGGUCCCCUCCGCGCCCACGGACGCUCUGUUGGAGGUUGUCUCCGGCGACUCGCUCGCGCUCGCGUGGGCCUCGCCGAUGACGGACGGCGGCGCCGCCGUCCAGUCGUAUCAAGUAGAAUGGGACACGAACCCCGGCAGAGCAGAGGUCCAGACCGUGACGACGUCGACCUACAUCGGCGCCAACGAGCUGCAGACCAUCUCCACGUCCGCGGCGGACAUCGACGAGAUCCAGAACGUGACGACCGUCGCGAGCCCGAUCCGCGAGGUCCAGACCGUGACGGCGACGGCGCCCGUCGGCGGCACGCUCGCGGGCACCUUCGCGCUCGCGCUCGACACGCGCGUCACCGGCGGCUCGCUGCAGUACACGGGCGCGAUCCCCGCGGACGCGGCGACGUGCUGCGGGCGCACGUCGAUGACGGCCAUGGUCGAGGCCCUGUCGAACGUCGGCAGCGGCAACGUCUACAACGUGAGCCGCGAGGCCGUCGACGUCGACGGCGGCGUCGGCUGGCGAUGGCGCGUCACCUUCGACCGGUCGCUCGCGGACGUGCCGCAGCUCCAGCUGCUGGACGCGUCCGCGCUGACGCUCGGGUCGUCCAUCGCGCUCGGCACGGCCGUCGAGGGCAACGCCAUCUCCGGCGCCUUCCGCUUGUCCUUCAACGGCGACACGACGGCGCUGAUCCCGUCGGACGCGACCGCGGGCGAGCUCGAGGACGCGUUGGAGCUCCUGGACACGAUCACGGACGUCACGGUCAUCCGCGGCGACGAGGCGGCCUUUGGCGGCUUCACCUGGUGGGUCACCUUCGUCCACGACGACAACGCGGGCGACGUGCCCCUGCUCGAGCCCGUCUGGAGCGGCACGCUCCUCGGCACGUCCGGCGAUCCGUGGGUCAACGUCACCGAGCACGUGCCGGGCAACGAGCUCUCGGGGUCCUUCAACAUCUCCUUCAACGGCAACGCCGAGAGCGCCAAGGUGCCCUUCGACGCGACCGUGUCGGAGCUCGCGAACGCGCUCCAGUCGCUGCCGCAGAUCCCCGACGGGACGGUGGCGGUCACCCGUACCGGCCCGGACUUCGAGCUCGGCUACGUCUGGACCGUGUCCUUCCUCGACGACGUCAACCGCACCUUCGAGGGCGACGUGUCGCCCCUCACCGUGUCGUCGUCGACGUACCUCGGCGGCCAGAACGCGCAGGUCGACGUCGCGGAGCUCCGCAAGGGCACCGUCAAGGAGAUCCAGCGCCUCAACGUCACGCGGACGUCGAACAAGGACGACGCCUUCUACCUCACCUUCCGCGGCGAGACGACGGGCGCCAUCUACGCGUCGCCGGACAAGCUCGACAAGUCCUGCGGCUCCGCGGAGUACGAGGUCCAGCAGGUCCGCGUCGCCACCCAGGACACGACGUCCGCGGGCGGCGACGGCACCGUGUCGCCCCGGACGACCUUCCGCCUGAGCUACGGCUCGGAGACGACGGACUACAUCUACGCCAACGACGGCACGGGCGACUGCUCCGUCGCCGCCGGCGAGAUCGAGACGGAGCUCGAGAAGUUCGACGCGUUCUACCAGGUCGACGUGUCCUCCUCGGUGCGGAAUUCCCGACUUCAAAGGCUCCGAUCUCGGUCCUACUCGGCGACGGUCGCGGCGCAGGAGUGCUGGUGGAACGUCACCUUCUCGUCGUCGCCGGGCAACGUCGCCGCGCUCACCGUCUCCGCGUCGCGCGAGGGCGUCGGCGCCGAGGACGGGCCGGCGAGCUCCGCGUCCAUCGGCGACGACACGCUCUACGUCCGCGAACUCGUCUCGGGCAAGACGGACCUCGUCCAGUCGGAGCUCGAGGGCCUCUCGACGAUCGGGCGCGUCACCGUCGACUCGCGGCCCGACCCCAUCAACGCGCUGACCUGCCUCUACACGAUCACCUUCGACACGAACGCGGGCUACCUGCCCCUCAUCGGCGUCGCGACGUCCGGCACCGACGAGACGGGCGAGUGGCCCUGGGCGGACACGAACACGACGGUGAACGUGACGCGCAUCCGCAGCUCGACGUCCGAGGCGCUCAGCGGCGACUUCGCGCUGGAGUUCCGCGGCCAGCGCACGGGCUACCUGACCUACGACUCGUCGUCGUACGACGUCGAGGCCGCGCUCGAGUCGCUGUCGACGAUCGGCUCCGUGGCGGUGAACCGCACGGCGGCGGACGAGAACGGCGGCCACACCUGGAGCAUCACCUUUCUCUCCGAGCUCGGCGACGUGCCCAUGCUCAUCGCCGACGACCUCGACAUGUCCGGCACCGCGGUGACCGCGACGACGUACCUCGUCACGCAGGGCGUCUUCCCGCCGUUCAACUCCCUCGACGAGGCCAACGGCCUGCCCCUGGGGUCGGCGGCGGUGACGGACCUGGCGGACCUGCAGCUCGAAGUCUCGGGCCUCGAGCGCAACAUCCCCUACUACUUCCGCGUCUUCGCCGUCAACGCAAUCGGCCAGGGGCCGGCGUCCCUCACGACGCCGCCCUACGCCAUCCCCGUGCCGGCGAAGCCGUCGGAGCCGACGGACGUCGCCCUGAGCGUGCUCGACUCGACGUCGCUGCGCGUCGUCCUCGCGGACCCGCUCCGCGACGGCGGCGACUCCGUCGACUCGUACCGCGUCGAAUACGCGGGCGAGGCCUUCACCGACGAGGUCCAGGCCGUGCGCAUCUACGUGAAUUCGACGACGGAGGUCCAGGUCAUCGAGACGAACGUCACCGAAAAGCCCGAGAUCCAGUUGGUCCAUGCUUUGCUCGAUCCGAGCUACGCGGGCGCGACGACCGUCGAGUGGCAGCUCCUCGAGUGCGACGCGUCGGGCGGCUCCUUCACUUUGACCUUCGACGGCCUCACGACGCGCUCCAUCGCCUACGACGCCGACGAGGCGACGGUGAAAUCGGCGCUCCAGGAGCUGACGAACGUCAACAAGGUCACCGUGGCCUUCGUCGGCGUCGGCCUCCUCUCGGACGGCGUCGUCGACACCGCGUGCGUCGACGGCGGCGACUCGCGCGUCGACUACGCCGACAGCGCCACGGGCUUCACGGCGGGCAUGAACAUCACCUUCAACUCCGUGUCGGACUACGUCGGCGACGUGCCGGCCCUCGAGCCCUACACGAACGAGCUCGACGGGUUGCGGCGCGUCGUCGUCACCGAGUUCGACGGCGACUGGGGCCUCGGCGGCACCUUCAAGCUCACCUUCCGCGGCGCGACGACGGACGCCAUCGUCUACGACGCCAGCGCGUCGGCCGUCGAGAGCGCCCUCAUCGCGCUCGACACGAUCCAGCAGGGCGGCGUCGAGGUCUCGGACGUGUCCGCGUCCAUGUCGACGCCGUACGACAGCAACGAGCACCUCUGGGAGGUGACCUUCGUCGGGAGCGGCGUCGGCGGCGACGUCGAGGCGCUCCAGAUCCGCGCGGACGACGACCUGCUCACGGGCUCCGGCGCGCGGCUCCGCGUCUACGCGGACGGCUCCGAGAAGUCGUCCGACAUCCGGAGCUCCGCGACGGCCGAGUCCCGCGCGGGCAGCGAGCUCGGCGGCUCCUUCACGCUGACGCUUCGCCAGCACACCACCGAGCCCAUCGAGUUCAACGCGGCCGCGUCGACGAUGAAGGCGCGCCUCGAGGCCCUGCCGAACGUCGGGAACGUGGACGUCCUCCGCUCGGCUCCGGGCAGCCGGCGCGAAUACGCGUGGACCGUCUCCUUCGUGUCGAAUCCGGGCUACUUCCCGCCGAACUCGCGGAACCUAGCGCUGUUGGUCCCCGACACGUCGGACCUCGAGGGCACGGGCGCCAGCUGCGAGGUCAAGGAGCGGCUGCAGGGCAGCGAACCGCUCAAGGGCGCGUUCCAGCUCAUGUUCUGCAACAGCACGUACGCGGACGGCUACGCCGACGCGUGCGAGUACACGGAUCUGCUCGAGAACGACCUCGAGGCGCCCCAGUUCGAGGCGAUCCUCGAGGACCUGGACCACGUCGGCGACGUCGACGUCUCCCGCGUCACGAACAGCGACGGCUACACCUGGUACAUCACUUUCGGGGGCUGCUCGCUCACGGAGGACCUCGAGGACGUCUGCAACGAGGGCGACGUGGCGCUCAUGAAAUGGCUCGAGUCGAACUCUACCUUAACGGGCGGAUCGUCGGCGCCAAAUGUAACCAUCGAGGAGGUCGUGCGCGGCACCGGCCCUGGCACGUGCUCGGAUCGCGUCGACGAAGACGGCAAGUGCGUCGCCGUCGAGACGGAUUUGAGCGGCGGCGAGCCCUACGCCUACGACAUCCUCGGCUUGGAGACGGGCGAGCGCGUCUACGUCCGCGCGCGCUGGCACAACGAGCUCGGCUUCGGGCCGUACUCGCUCAGCGAGCCUGAGUGGAACGCGCCCGGCGCCCCCCCCGCGGUUCGGCUCUUGAACUCGUCCGCCGUGAGCGUGGCCGUCGCGUGGGACCGCCCCACCGAGGACGGCGGCGCGCCCGUGAUGGGCUACGAGCUCUGGCUCGACAACUGGGAGGGUGGCGCGUCGCGCAUCGUCUUCGACGGGAGCGAUCAGCCGGACACCAUGGCCUUCACGGUGCGGACCAAGACGAGCGUCGGGGUCGAGAGUGGCAAACAGUAUCGCUUUCUUGUGCGAGCUGUCAAUUAUUGCUCGUCGCGCGACACGGACCUGCUCUGCUACGGCGAAUUCAGCCCGGUCUCGGUCUUCACCAACGACGGCGAGGCCGAGGUCGCCGUGGUUUCGGGCGGCGCGACGCCCGCGGCGCCGGUGCGAACGACGGACCCGCGGGUGGUCGUCAAGCUGCGGCUGGGGUGCGGGAACUGGGGCAUGGGCGUGCCCGACGACCCGUCCGAGGGCGAGGCGGUGCGCGGCGCGCGGCGCGCGCGCGACCUCGACCUCGGCGACGAGCCGCGCUCCAAGCCGGCGGCGCUCGGCGCCGCGGACCGGCGACUGAUCGCCAAGCUCCGGCCGGGGUGCGAGGGCUGGGGCAUGGGCGUGCCCUACGACCCGUCGAAGGCCUCCGAGGACGAGACGAGCGCGCCGCGGCCCCGCGACGGCAACGGCGACGUCGUCAUGGACGACGCGGGCGACUCCGGCGACGCGGGCGACUCCGGCGUCGGCGCGAACGGCUUCCGGGACGUCUUCAUGGGCGACGCGGGCGACGCGGGCGUCGGCGCGAACGGCUUCGGCGACGAGGACUUCGGCGGCGGCUUCGACGCCGACGACGAGCGCGAGGGCGACGGCCACGGCCACGGCGACGGCCACGGUCGGGCCCCCGCGGCCCCGUCGCCGCUGCCGCACGAGCGGCGCUACGCCGCGGCCGCGGCGCUGGAGCGCAGCUCCGGUUCCGGCCGCGGCGGCGAGGCCCAGGCCGCGCCGCCGCCGGCGGGCCUCGGGCGCGUCGGCGGCGCAGGGACUCGUCUCUGGUUCGCGGUGCCCGCGGACGGCGAGCUCGACGAGCCCGGCGCGCCCGUCGUCGUCGCGCUCCCGGGCAUGGGGAAAGUCAAGGUCCUCGUGCCCCCCGGGGCCCGCGAAGGCGACUGGGUCGCCUUCGCGGGCAACGUGGUACUUUCCCGGCGCACCGGCGCCGCGCCGUGCGGCGCGUCCGCCGCGCGGCCCGUGGCCGUCGGGUCGUUCGAAUUCCAUUCGUCCGGCCCGGCGGAGCUCGUGCUCGAGUCGCUCGGCGGCGCGGCGGCGGCCGGGCCGCCGAGCGACCAGGCCGCGACGCGCGUCGUCGGCUCUCGGGUCGGGGGCGUCGUCGCGUUCGCGGUGCCCGCGAGCCACGAGGUGGGGGCGCCGCUCCUCGUCGAGGCGCCGGGCACGCCGGCCUUCCGGCUGCGCGUGCCCGCGGGCGUCGUCGAGGGCGACGCGCUCCUCCUCGAGGGCAAGCUCGCGCUCACCAGCGCAGGAAAAGGGUGCGACGUCGCGUGGGCGGUGCCGCGCGACGGCGGCUUCGGCGGCUUCGGCGGCUUCGAGGACCCGGGCUCCGGCGGCUUCGCGGACCCGGGCUCCGGCGACGACUCCAUCGGCGGCGACGGCGACGCGAUCUGGGCGACGGACCGCCUCGCGGAGCUGGGGCUGGCGCUGAAGCUGCACGACGUCGCGCUGCGGCAGAUGUUCGACAUGAACGCGGACGAGGCCGACACGCGCGGGUUCGUCGAGACCGUCGUGCCCGCGGGCGACGCCCGGGAGAAGUUCCUCCAGAGCCUCUUCGAGCGCCGGCGCCAGCGCCGCGCCGUUCGGCGCGCCGCGGCCGCCGAGCUCCGGCGCCCCGAAGCCGCCUCGGCGAGCUUGCCCGCGACGCCCGUGGGCGUCGCGUCGCUGCUGCCCGCGCGCGACGGCGACCCGCCGGAGCUCGUCAUCGACCUCUUCCCCGCGUGGGACGCGGACAUGGAGUACGUGCCGCGCGGCCGCGACCUGGGCCUCGCGGACCGCGGCGUGGACCUCUCCGGCGAGCCCGGCGACUCGAGCGGGUCCAAGGCGUCGCCCGGCGCGGCGCUCCAGGUCGCGACGCUGGACGGCGGGUCCGGCGGCGAGGGCGACUUCGGCGAGGACCUGGGCUUCGCGGACCGCGGCGGCGGCUACGGCCGCGGCGGCUCCGGCCGCGGCGACGUCGGCGCGGACCCGGGCGGCCUCAGCGGCGGCUUCGGCGGCGGCUCCGGCGGCGGGACCCCGGGCCUCGUCGGCGGCGAGGCGCCUCGCGCCGCGGGGCACCCGCCCGAGUCCUCGCCGGGCGCUGACCUGAGCCGCGGCUCCGGCUUCGGCGGCGGCGUCGACGCGAUGGACCUCUCCGGCGACUCGAGCGGGUCCGAGACCUACUUGAGCGGCGCCGGCGGCUUCGGCGGCGGCGGCCCGGGGCUUCACGAGCGCGGGGGCACGUCGGUGUUCAGCCGCACGCGGUCGCGGCGAAAGCCGGCCGCGGACCGCCGGCGCCGCGGCCCCGCCAUGGCUUCCGCCGAUGGUCCGUCGCUGGGUCCCGACCUGGGCGGCCUCAGCGAUGGAUCCGGCGGCGGCCCUGGGCAUCGCGCGGGCGCUCGUGCUCUCGAUGAGGCCGUGGAUGAUGCUCUCGAUGGCACCGUGGCUUCGCGGACGCGCCUCGGCGAGGGGCGGCUGCGACGCUGCGACAACUACGUGGAGUCCGACGGCGACGGCUCCAGCGGCGAGGAGUUCUUCGUGGACAAGCGCACGCGCGGCGACGACGACGGCUCCGAGCCGGACGACGAGGCGUCGGGGAUCCUCGCGGACCGCGGCGGCCGCGGCCGCGGCGUCUCCGGCUUCGGCUCCGGCGCGUCCUUCGCGUCCGGCCUCAAGGGCAAGAGCGUCACGAGCGCCGCGUCCGUCGAGCUCGACGAGGGCUCCGGCGACUCGCGGGACGGCGACGAGGACGGCGGCGGCGAGGAGGGCUCUCUGGAUCUCAGCCAGGCCGUGACGAGGCCUUACUUCGUCUACCACGCCGGGUUAUCGCAGCACUCGGAGCUCGGCGCCAAGCAGGCCAACGACGCGAAAGUCUUCGUGCACGUCGACAAGAACCCGCUUCGUCGCGAGGAUCUCCUGGAUGACCUGUUCCGAAGCAGCUACCUGGAUAGCCGCGUCUUGAACGAAUUCUGCCGCGCCGCGAACGCACCAAUGUCGAACAUACCGAAGGUCGCCGUCAAGGCGCUGGUGAAACACUUCGACGACAACCCGGGCUCCGUGAUCGUGUCGACGCUGAACGUCGAGACGAAGCUCAAGCACUACGCCAUGGAGAUGAAGGAGCGCGCCGCCGAUCGCGAGAAGGCGGAGAAGGCCGAGGCCGAGGAGAAGGCCGCCCGCGAGCAGGAGCGGGACGUGCGUCAUCGUAGCGAGGUCGACAUCGUCGCAUGCGCGAGAGCAGGCGUGCCCUUCAAGAGCAUCGCCGCCGAACUUGGGACCGGUGCCGAAGCAUUGACGCCCGGCGACGUCGCCGACAUCGUGCGCCGGCUGGCGCCGGAGUUCGAUGGCGUCAAGGGCAGCCUCGGCGUCUUCGGCUCGGCGCGGGCGCUCGAGCCCACGGACCAGGAAAUGUCGCUCAACUCCGAGGACCUGGCGCACGCGGAGCUCGCGCAGGCGCCCCAGGCCGCGGGCUGCGGCGUGAAGGCAACGCCUGGCUCGGCGGCCAUCACGGAAGCUCAACGGGUGCGUGUUUCCUACAACGCAACCCACGUAUUCCUCCGGAAAUUAGUGAAAAAACUUCGAGCUCCCGGCGGCGGCCUCAAGCCUUCUAUCAGGAAGAAAGCCGCCCGCGACGACAAAGCUGGCGUCGGUGUGCGGAUGCAGAUCCUCGCGUUCCUCGAGAUCGCCAUCGGGAUCCGACGGACGUUCCUGGUGCAGUCGGACCCUGACGACCCGCUGAUUUCGGGCCCGAACGGUCGCACGACGGCGGCUGUGGACGUCCCGACUGAGGAAUUGUUGGACGACUUGGAAGUUCUCUUCGAGUCGUACUGGAAGUUGUGGAUGGCGCCGCCUUCGAAAGAAUUUUCUAAAAUCGUCCUCGACGCGGACAUUCCCUCCGUCGACAAGCUGCCGGGCCGCUCCGUCGUCAUGCGCCACGUCGUGGACCAGCUCUCCGAGGGCGAGUUGUAUCGAUUCUAUGUUGGCGAGACGAGCGUACACGUCGGCUGGCGCGCGCCCGCUCCGAAUUCCACGGGCGGCUCCGCUAUUACUGGUUACAAUUUGUACAUGCUGAACUCCGUCUCCGACCCCGACCCGGUCACCGUCGAGCGGAUCUUGUCGGGCAGCUCCGAGCUGACAGGCACCUUCACGCUCAGCUUCGACGGCGCCGAGACGGAGGCUAUCGACGUCGACGCAAGCGCCGAGGACGUCAAGGCGUACCUCGAGGACCUGUCGACGCUGUCGGUCGUUGAAGUCUCGCGCAACACGACGUCGUCGUGGGGCGCAGCUGAAUGGUUGGUUACGUUCCUGUCGGAAGCCGGCGACCUGCCCCUGAUGCGAGCAACUUCGGGAAGGCUCAGCUACGACUCGGCGACGCCCGCGGCGUACGUCGAGACGGUGCUGCCCGGUACGAGCGCCGUGCUCGUCUACAACGGCUCGAACCAGGGCAGGACAAGAGAGCGAAAUUCCCAACUUCAAAGGCUCCUUUCUCGGCCGUUUUCCACUCGCUCGGACGCUCCCGAUGUUCUCGACUUCGAAGCUACUGGCUUGACGACCGACUCGCUCUACGCGUUUAAGGCCGGCGUCGUCUACGAGCAACAGGUCGUGUCGCUCGACCUCAGCGGCGGCGACGCCUUCUUGCGCCUUGGGAAUGGCUACGAGUGGUAUACCAUCACGUUCCUGGACCGCGUCGGAGACGUCCCGCUCUUGGAGCUCUCGGCCAGCGAUGCGGGUGGCGCUCCCCUCCGCGAUUUGACGGCCGCCAGAAAGCGCGAGGGCGAGGACAUCUUCUACACGGAGCUCUUCGAGUACGACGAGGACGGCGAGUACGUGCACUACGCAGACGGAGGCGUGGCGACGUAUAACCCCGCUCAAUACGAGAUCCAGAAGCUCGUCUUCGACGCCGGCUACAGCGGAGACUACACCAUCUCGCUGAACCAGAGCUCCCGCGCGGACGGCGUCAACGACAAGACGGCGGCGCUGUCGUCGGGCUGCACGGCCUACCAGAUGAAGGUUGCACUCGAGGCGCUCGACAACAUCGAGGCCGUCGACGUCUCGCGCAACGGCAGCUCGGCGACCGGCCUGUCGUCCACGGACACGGAGUUCGUCGAGGACACGCAGAGCAUCCACGUCAAGACGUCCACGGACGGCUACUUCACGCUCCGAUUGGGCGAUGGCACCGAUUACACGACGUCCCUCGACCUCACGAGCGCAACGAACGCCGAGGUCGAAGCGGCGCUCGAGGCUUUGGACGGCGUGUACGACGUCUCCGUCAGCGACGGUACGGCUGACGCCGGCUCCUUCACUGGAAACGCGUGGGACGUGACCUUUCACAGCCCCGUCGGCGACGUGAGCAAUUUAGUGGUCCUCGACUCCUCGGGCGACGAUGACGGCGACGUGACCUACAACGUCGUGGAGCUCGUCAAGGGCGACUCCGGGCUUGCGGGGACAUACACGGUAGCGUACGAGGGCUCGUACUCCGCGGAUAUUGCCUACGAGGCGACGGCCGCGGAUGUCGACGUCGAGAAGGAGGUCCUUGGUUCGAGCAUCAAGCUCGGCAACCUCCGCGAGCUCGCCGCGUCGCCCUACGUCUACGAAGAGCAGACGAUCUCCACGACCGGCGGCGACCCGACGCCGCUCGGCGGCUCCUUCAGCCUGACGUUCUACAACGAGACGACGGGGCCGAUCGCCUACGACGCCUCCGCGGACGCCGUCAAGGCGGCGCUCGAGGGGCUGCCGAGCAUCGACCGCGUCGACGUCGCCAAGGUCGAGGGCAGCUACGGCCAGGCCGACUGGCUCGUGACGUUCCGCUCGGAACUCGGCGACCUCGACCUCCUCGACUGCGACGCCAGCCUCACGACGGGGAGCGACGCGGCGUGCGCCGCCGACGAGAUCGUCGCCGGCGACAGCGACUCGCUCACGGGCAACACGCCGACGGUCCACACGGAGGAGAAGGUCGCGGGCCUGCCGAGCUACACCGGCAUGUUCACGCCGGCCGCGACGGGCGACUACGACGUCGUCGUGCGCCAGCUCACGCAGGGCGGCCUCUCGGCGGAGUACUUUGACAACCAGUGGCUCCAGGGCGAUCCGACGGUCGAGCGCAUCGACGCGGCGAUCAACUUCGACUGGGGCACGGGCGCGCUGACCCCCUACGGCCGCGACUACGUGUCCGCGCGCUGGAGCGGCAAGCUCAAGGCCUCCUACAACGAGAUCUACACCAUCUUCUGCCGCGCCGACGACGGCAUCCGCCUCUACGUCGACCACGAGCUCGUCGUCGACGCCUGGGAGAACGCGAGCGUCACCAACGGCGGCCAGCGCGUCGACCUCCGGCUCAGCGCCGGCGGCUACCACGACAUCGUCGUCGAGUACAAGGAGAGAGAGAGAGAGAGACACAACUCCCACACCAAACGCGCCGCUCGAGACGCCUCCCACACCGCUCUCAUAUUAGGCACGUACCGCCUCGCCUUCGCCGGCGGCAAGACGCUCGAGCUGCCGCUGAACGCGACGGCCGCCGCGCUCGAGAGCGCGCUCGAGAAGGCGCACGACGACGCCGUCGACGUGUCCGUGAGCCGUCAGGACUUCGCCGCGGGCUUCGGCGCCGACCACGAGUACACGAUCACGUUCCUCAGCGACCUCGACGCCUGGGCCUCCGACUCGCUCAAGGUCCUGUCGCCCGAGGACGGCAACGGCGCCGCGGUCGCCGAGGUCAACAUCUCGCGGCCCGCGGCGGGCGGCCACUACCCCGUGGACUUUAUCCUCGGCUACGUCGGCGAGUACGAGCUGAGCGUCACGUCCAGCGGCCGCCACGUCGAGGGCUCGCCCUUCGAGGUCGACUGCGAGCACGGCGUCGCGACGUCCGGCGCGACGACGGUCGCGAGCGACAACAUCAACGAGGCCGUCGCGGGCGACACGAUCGUCCUGGACGUCCACGCGCGCGACCACCGCCAGCACGAGGUGCAGAUCGUCGCCGUGGCUGCUCAAGCCGUGGACACGGUGCCCGAGGUGCAGCGCGUCCACGUCGGCAGCUCGGCCUUCACGCUGACGUUCCGCGGAGCCACCACGAGCUCCUUCGCGCUCGGCGGCACCGAAGCCACGCUCGAGGGCCUCAUCGAGGACCUGCCGACAAUCACGGGCGGCGUGACGGUGACGGAAGAGACGUCCUCCGACGGCACGAUCGACGCCUCGGACACGUUCCUGGUCGAAUUCUCGGGCGUCUACGGCGACGUGCCGCUCCUCUCCACGACGGCCACCAAGGUCCACGAGGUCACCAAGGGCGACGCGCCCUACGUGCGCGAGAUCCAGACCUUCUACUGCGACGCCACGUCGGGCAACCUCGCCGUGGACUUCCGCGACUACGACACGACGGCGUCGCUCGACGUCUCGACGGCGACGGUCGCGGACCUCGCGACGGAGCUCGCGGCCGUCGGCAUCGCCGUGUCCGCCUGGCGCCACGACGACAAGACCGACUCCGCUUUGACGAUCUGCGGCAGCGGCAACACCGUCGCCGAGAUGGUCUACGUCGAGUUCCUCGAGCUCACGGGCGACCUGCCGGCCCUCGAGUACAACGCGUCGUCGACGGCCCUGGCGUCGAGCAUCGUCGCCUACAGCGGCGGCAACUACGGCCAGGUCGACGGCGUCCACCCCGUCUGGGGCACCUUCACGCUCGAGUUCGGCGGCUGGACGUCCGACCCGAUCCGCGCGGACGCGUCCGCCGACGAGCUCCGCGACUCGCUCGAGGCCCUGCCGUCCAUCGGCGACGUCAGCGUCUACAAGACGACGAUCGGCCAGUGCCUCGAUCAGCUCGACCGCCAGAUCUUCCCGAACGCGUCCCGCCUGAGCGUCUGGGAGGUCCACUUCGACGGCCGCUGCGCGAUCAGCGGCUGGGACUUUUGCCCGGACACGCUCGGCGACGUCGCCAUGCUCGCGGCCGACGCCUCGGGUUUAGCGUACGAUCUCUCCCCCUACGAGCGCCAGGCGGCGCCGACGGUCCGGGUCACGGAGGCCAUCAAGGGCACGACGGGCAACCUCGUCACGUCGUCGGGCGGCGACGAGAUCAUCGAGUACAGCGCGACGCACCAGCAGCACACGGACGUGGGCAUCGACAUGUACGAGACGCAGCGCCUGCGCUGCGCGACCCAGUCCGGCGGCAACUUCUCCCUGUCCAUGCUCAACAACGCGACGGGAUUGUGGGAGACGACGACGAAUGUGACUGGACUGACGAACAUCGCGAACCUCAAGGCCGCGCUCCUCGCCCUCCCGGGCGUCAAGCCCGGCCUCACGGUCACGGGCGGCAACGCCAACGGCGACAUCUGCUGCACGGACGCGACCGCGUCGACGUGCGCGUGGGUCUCCGUCGCCUUCGUCGGCAACUUUGGCACGCUGCCCAUGCUCGAGUUCGGCGAGGAGCAGGGCGUCGACCUCGAGAUCGAGGAGAUCGUCAAGGGCAUCGACAGCCUCGAGUACGCCGGCGACGGCCUCUACAGGCUCGCGGUGACGCCGACGGUGUCGGGCAACUACACGUUCACGCUCCGGAUCUCGCCCCAGUUCUUCGGCGGCGCCAACGCCACGACGGACGUGUCCACGGAGCUCUCCGCGGGCCUCAUCGUCCUGCCGGCGCAGGCGUCGGGCCCCCAGAGCCACCACUACGCGGACCUAAGGGCGACGACGGCGGUCGAGUCCACGUUCCUCGUGCAGGCGCGCGACCGCUUCGGCAACCGCCUGGGCCGGUCCCUCGACGCGGGCCCGGGCUCCCACUUCGCCGUCGACCUCAACGGCACGGGCUUCGAGGGCGGCGGCCGCGAGGGCGACCGGAGCCUCGUCGCGGGCGCCGUCGACGACAAGUACGUGCCCAACACGGACGGCCUGUACGAGGCGUCCUACACGCCCGAGCUCGCGGGUCCCCACGUCCUCGAGGUCGAGCUCACGCAGCCCGGCGGCCUCCUGGCGACCUACUACGCGCAGAUGGACUUUGUCGACCCGGCGCUCCACGCCACCGGCUGGCGCGCGUGGCCCUACCACGAGCCCAAGUGGUGCCCGCCGGAGGCGUUGACGCCCUGCGACAGCACGCGCCUCGACGGGCCCCUGGACCUCGACUUCGGCGGCCUCGCGCCGCUGUCGCAGACGGAGUGGCCCGACUUCCCCGCGGACUUCUUCUCCGCGCGCUGGGUCGGCCACCUCCUCGGCCCCGUCGACGGCGUCGUCACGCUCCACCUCCGCACGACCGAGGCCGUGUCCCUGGUCCUCGACGGCGAGACGCUCAUCGACACCAUGGACGCGUCGGGGUCGCUCGUCGACGUCGCGUCGGCAAACUUCACGGCCACCAAAAACGAGCUUUACGCGCUGGAGAUCUCCUUCGUGGAGGAGAUCGACGGCGCGGCCAUCAGCUUCGAGUGGACCGUGGGUGGCGCGCAGGCCGUCGUCCCGGCGUCGGCGCUCUACUACACGCGCCACGCGAAGCUGUCGCCCGAGACCGUCGUCGUCUACCCCGACCGCAUCGCCGCGGCGACGACGGCGGCCGAGGGCGACGGCACCCUGGCCUGCGUGGCCCUCGAGGAGUGCUCCUUCGUCGUCACGGCGACGGACGCCGACGGCAACUACCGCGUCAACACGGGCGCGGACGAGCUCGUCGUCGAGAUUCUGGGCGUCGGCGACUGGGCCGGCGAGGGCCGCACGAACGAGUACGACUCCUACGGCGUCAUCGAGGUCGACCAGGUCACGGACGUCAACGUCGCCUGGGACUACGUCGGCACGGCCUCCGUCUACAACAACGUGUCCAAGCUCUACAACCUCUCGGGCGCGUUCGAGACGCUCCUCCGCGGCGACGUGCUGUCCAUCGGCGACGGCGACCUCCAGGACGCGUCGCCCGAGUUCAUCGCCAUCGGCAGCGGCGCCUUCUACCUCAACGACACCGUCGGCGCCGACGAGCGGUCCGUGCCCCUCGCGGACGUCUGGCGCGGAAACGACGCGCACCGCGUCCGCGUCUACAAGGGCGCGUACGCGGGCGACACCGCGCGCCAUACGAUAUCCUACACGCCCUACGUCCGCGGCACCUACGACCUCGACGUGCGCGUGAAGAAGACCGAGGAGGUGCAGCAGGUCGUCGUCUCCGUGGGCGCGGGGCUGUGCGCGGGGAAGAAGCUCGCGGGCAACUUCACGCUGUCGCUCACGGCGCCGGACAAGUUCGGCGUCGUCGCCACGGAGACGACGCCGCCCAUCGCCUACGACGCGACGCCCCAGGACGUCGAGGACGCCCUCAUCACGCUGUCCCAGGUCUGGGCCUGCAACGUCUCGGGCUACAACUCCGCGCCGAAGAACGGGUCCAAAUUCCGCGUCGAGUUCAGCGGCGUCUACCCGCUCGUCGGCGCCGACUUCCCCCUCUUGGUGCCCGACACGACGGACCUCACGGGCAACCGCGCGGCCGUCGACGUCUACGAGGUCGUCAAGGGCGUGCCCGAGGCGUCCAUCGCGGGCGCGCCGUUUCCGCUCGUCGUCUCGCCCAACGACGCGUCCAGCGCGUGGUCCACGGCCUACGGCCGCGGCCUCGUCCAGGGCGUCGCCGGCGAGACGUCCAGUUUCACGAUCAUCGCCAAGGACGAGUGGGGCAACACGCGCUUCGACGCGCAGGACGAGAGCAAGUUCUCCGUGUUGGCCUUUGUGGAAAUGACGACGCCGGGCGCGGACGGCUGGAGCCGCAAGAACUCGGACGGUCUGGUCGCUUCCACGGCCACGGCGGUCAACGGCUCCGUCGCCUACGUCGGCGACGGCGAGUACGUCGUGUCCUACACGCCCGUGGCCUCGGGCCCGACGACCGUCGCCGUCGUGCUGCAGGACGCCGUCGAGGAGCAGGUCGUCUCCUGGAACGCCACGGCCCCGGACGACGCCGUCAAGGACGGCGGCGGCGUCGUCUUCUCCAUCGCGGGGAGCGCCUCCGACGAGGUCGCCUGGGACUCCGAGGCGUCCGACGUCGCCGCGGCGCUCUCGGCGCUCGGCUGGGGCGCCGUCGAGGUGUCGCGCGGCAUCGCGCGCGGCACCGACGACCUAUCGAAAUACGACGCCGCGGCGCUGCGCGGCCUGCAGAUCGAUUCCGUCAACUACGUCUACAGCGUGACCUUUUCCGACUACGUCGGCGACGUGCCGCCCAUCGAGGCGCACUUCCCGCUGGACGCGAACUUCAUCGACUACGCGUCCGCGUCCGUCGCGGAGGUCGUCAAGGGCUCCUGGGGCGUCGUCAAGGCGUCGGAGUCGAAGAUCACGGCGACGCCCUGGGUCAACGAGGCCCUCGUCCGCGAGAAGCAGGUCGUGCGCCUCGUCGGCUCGGGAUCGUACGACGGCAACUUCACGCUCGAGUUCAAGGACGCGGAGACGGGCAUGAUCCCCGUCAACGCGUCCGCGGCCCAGAUGAAGCAGGCUUUGGAGGUGCUCGAGACCGUCGGCGAGGUCGACGUGACGCGCUUCGGCGAGCUCGGCGCGGGCGCGCUCGGCUACGAGUGGGUCGUCACCUUCGGCAAGGGCCGCGGCACGGAGACGGACAUGACGAACCUCGGCGACCAGCCGGCGCUCAUCGCGCGCAAUUCCACGCUCACGGGCGGCAAGAUCACGGUCUACGCGUCCGGCGCGACGUCGCCGGGCGGCAAGGCGUCGCGCGACGGCGUCGCGCCGUUCCAGGCCGCCGUGCGCCCCGCGGCCGUCAGCGCCCCGAACUGCACGGCCGUCGACGCCGCGGGCGUCGCGGGCCGCGACGGCCUGACCACGGGCUUCUUCGAGCGCGAGAGCGGCUUCGUCAUCGAGGCGCGCGACGCGUUCGGCAACCUGAACCCCUACGGCCCGCGGGCCGAGACGCAGAUCGUCGACGUGUUUGGCAACGCCUCCGACGCCGUGAACCACACGGGCUCGGCCUUCUCCAUCAGCUUCCUCGGCGAGACCGUGGCGAUCCCCUACGGCGCGGGCAUCGCGGACGUCGAGGUCGCCAUCGAGGGCCUGCCGGACGUCGGGGCCGUUUCUGUAUCGACAACAUCGGCCCACGACAUCAUCUCGGGCUGCGUCGCCAACGCGACCUUCGGCCUCUCCGUCAUCGACCCGUCCUGCGACCUGAGCGCCUACUUCGAGGUCGGCGACUGGAUCCGCGUCGGCCGCAACAUGUCGACGACGCAAGUCUUCACGGUCGUCCACAUGCAGGCCGUGUCCCCCUACGCCCUGACGCUGAGCUCCCAGUGGCUCGGCGACGACGACGGCGAGCUCAAGAUCUACGAGCACGGCGCGGGCCUCAAGGGCCACCGCGCGGCCUACCGCUACGUCGUCACCUUCGACACGCUGCUCGGCGACCUGCCCACCAUGGCGGCGACGCCGUCGUCCAUCAAGUUCACGACGGCCGUCACCUACUGCGAGCGCUACCGCUACCAGACCAUCAAGACGUCGGACAACAACGCGAACGCGACGGCCGGCGACAUGAUCAACGGCACGUUCAUGCUCGAGUACCGCGGCGCGUCCACGCGCCAGCUCCCGCACGACGUCACCAUGUCGGCGCUCGAGACGGCGCUCGAGGACGACCUUCCCGGGGUGUAUUCCGCGUCCGUCUUGGAACGCCACGGCCCCUUUGCGCGCAACGAGUACAAGUGGCUCGUGCGUUUGGACUCCGUCGUCGACGACGCGCCCGAGCUCCUCUACGCGGAGGGCUACCUCCUCAGCGGCGGCGACGCCGCCGUCGUCGCCGACGACGACACGUGCCCCGCCGCCUCCGAAUCGGCCGCGGGCGCGCGCGUCUACUCGCAGGCGGGCCGCCUCGGCGCGCAGUUCGUCGCGCGGCUCUCGGGCCCCGAGGCCGUGAACGCGAACGUGUCCUACCGGAGCCACGGCUUCUACGACGCGACCUACGGCACGCCCGUCGUCGGCUCCUACCUCGUCGACGUCUCCGCGACGGAGAGCGGCGGCCUCGUGGGCACCUACUUCAACAACCGGUGGCUCUACGGCGACAGCGUGCUCACGCGCGUGGACCACUCCAUCGACUUCGAGUUCGACGAGGAGGACGCCAUCACGGAGACGGGCAAGGACCACGUCUCCGUGCGCUGGACGGGCUUCCUGCGGCCGUCCUUCGACGAGCGCUUCACGUUCCACGCGCAGGUCAACGACGGCGCGCGGCUCUUCGUCGACGGCGAGCUCCUCUUCGACGCCUUCGAGAACGAGGUCGAGGACGCCGCGGGCUACGCGGAGUUCUCCGGCACGACGUCGGCGCCGCUGCUCGCCGGCGCGCUCGUGGACGUGACCAUGGAGUGGCGCGAGACGACGGGAAACGCCGUCGCGCGGCUCCUCUGGUCCUCGGACUCGCAGCCCUACGGCCUCGUGCCGUCGAGCCGCCUCUUCCACCACGCGUCGGACGCCGUCAUCUCGUCGCCCUUCGUCUACGCGCCCGAGGCCGUCAAGGCGUCGACGCCGCUCGACGUCGAGCUCUCGCGGAACGAGUGGGACGAGAUCGUCGUCACCUGGGACGCGCCGGCGAACGACGGCGGCGAGCCCAUCGCCGACUAUAAGGUCGAGUGGUGGAGCGCCGUCGACGGCGACUACGGCGUGCCCGAGGUCCAGACGCUCCGCGUGCCCAAGGGCAGCGACCGCGGCACGUUCUACCUCUACUCGCCGGGCGGCUUCCGCUACCCCUGGGCCCUGCCCUACGACGUCGCGGCGCAGGACCUCGAGGAGGCCCUCGAGUUCUGCUACGACGUCGGCGACGUGUCCGUGAAGCAGCCCUACGCGACGGACGACGGCUACGUCCAGUACGAGAUCUCCUUCGACACGAACGUCGGCAACUUCGGCCCCAUCUCCGUCGACGCCGCGGGCUUCGUCCCCGAGGUCUGCCACUCCAAGUACCGCCUCGGCCGCGGCUGCUUGAACGUGACCAACGGCACCGCGGCGAUCCUCGGCUCGUCGACGGACGCGUCCUUGGACGUCGAGCCCGGCGCGCGCUACGCGUACACCAUCGACACGCUCUGGCAAAAGUCGGGCACGCUCGACGGCUUCGGCGUGCGCGUGUCCGCGGGCAACUCCGCGGGCCACGGCAUCCCGUCCGACGCGCUCUACCUCAAGCCCUUUGCGCCCGCGGACGCGCCCGAGGAGGUCCAGGUCGAGCGCGUGCCCGACGAGGAGGCCCAGCUCAAGGUCCAGUGGCUCACGCCGCGCUGGCCCUACGACCGCCAGUCGCUCGUGACGGCCUUUGUCGUGGAAUACUCCGAGACGGAGGACUUUGCCGAAUCCGUGUCUACCACGCUUUCCAAGGCCGCCUGCGCGUCGCCGCGCCUGCUCUUCGAUAGCGCCGUCGGCGAGGCCGGCGUCUGGAUGCAGCACACGCUCGACGACCUGGAGCCGGGCACCUACUACUACGUCCGCGUCGCCGCGGUCAACGACGCGGGCGUCGGCGCCUUCGGCGUCGCCGCGACGACGGCCGCGGCCAUCGCCGAUAAAUUGACCGACGGCGCCGUCGGCCUCGCGACGCUCGCGCACGACGGCGGCGUCUCCGUGUCCGACGCGGCGACGUCCCUCUCCGUGUCCUGGGCGCCGCCGGCGUCGGACAACGGCUACGACGUCACGGCCUACGGCGUCGAGUGGUGGCGCGGCUCCGGCGUCGACGAGGUCGAGGUCGUGCAGAUCGACGCCGUCGCGCUCAACGUCACGGGCACCUUUACUUUAUCCUACGAGGGCGCCGUCACGGGCCACCUGCCCUGCGACGUCUCCGCGGCGGACAUGGAGGACGCUUUGGAAGCCCUCGACACGCUCCGCGACGUCCACGUCGAGCGCGCCGUCGACGGCGGCGCGAACUUCUCGUGGACGGUGACGUUCCUGACGGAGUGGCCCGACGCGACCGAUAGCCGGCUGGUCAUCGACGACGCGGGCCUGUAUUCCGUGAAUUCGACGGUGCGCGCGCGCGUCGGCUACGGCCUCCGGCCCGACCUCCCGGGCCACCGCUUCACGCUGUCGAACGUGACCGUCCGCUCCGGCUCGGCCGUCGUCCGCGCGGGCGGCACGUGGAACUCCGGGUCCCGCUCCCAGGAGUCGGACCGCGUCCACGCCUACGACUGGAUGGACAUCGACGGCGGCAUCUACCAGGUCGCCUCCGUCAACGCCCAGGCGAACAAGAUCACGCUCACGGAGGUCUUCUCCACGGGGCCCUCGGGCGCGUACUCGGCCCAAGUCGGCGUCACCGUGCCCGGCUCGCCGCCGCCGCACUACGACUACGUCGAGGUCGCGCCGUCGCUCCUGUCGAGCUCGGGCCGCUACUCUUAUGUGAUCCCCGACCUGGUGUCCGGCGAGGCCUACACCGUCCGCGUGUCGUCGAUCACGGCGCUCGGCGCCGCGCAGCCGCGCUACACGCAGCCGCGGAGCCUCGCGCCGCCGCGCCAGGUGCCGGACGUGCCCAUCAACACGCACCUCCUCGUCUACGGCGGCACGUCCCUGCGCGUGCUCUUCAACCACCCCGCGUCCGACGGCGGGUCGUCCGUGACGCGCUACCGCAUCGAGUGGGACACGUCCUCCGAGUUCGACUCCUUCGACGGCUCGCCCCUCGGCUCCAACACGGUCUUGGUCGACCCCACGUCCGGGUCCUACGACGAUUGUACAUUAUCCUACUGCGGCUACACCAUCGGCUCGCUCUCGACGGGCAAGAACUACACCGCGCGCGUCUUCGCCGCGAACGCUUAUGGGUAUUCGACGACGUCCGCCAUCCCGGAGCCCCUCUUCGAGGCCCCGAAGAAGCCGCCGUCGCCGCCGGAGACCCUCGGCCUCUUCGCGGUGUCGCGGACGUCGCUCCAGGUGGCCUUCGGCGACUCGGCCGACGAGGGCGGCGCGGACGUGACGCACGCCAAGCUCGAGUGGGACGGCGUCGGCCCCGCGGCCGCGGCUGCCGGCGGGUCGAGCUCGCUCUACUCGCACAACGAGGUCCAGCGCAUCACGACCGCGUCGAAAUACCGCGACCUCGAGGGCACGUUCCGCGUCGCGUUCCGCGGCCACACGACGGGCCAGCUCGACCACGACUGCACGUCCGACGACAUGGCCGCGGCCCUCGAGGCGCUCGCGCCCGUCGGCGACGUCACGGUGACGCGCGAGGAGGUCGGCUACGGCCUCGCGUGGUACGUCACCUUCGAGGCCGCCGCGGGCGACGACGACUGGCUCGGCGAUUUACCGCAACUCACCGUCUCCGCCGUCGACGACGACCUCGCGUCCAACUUCUCGACCUACGAAUCGCUCGUGUCGGCGUCCCUGACGGGCGGCGACACGCUGACGACGAUGACGGGCACGGACGCGUCCAUCGCCGCGGACACGCUCGUCGACCGCUACGACGGCUUCUGCAUCCAGACCGUCUACACCUACGCCCAGAACGCCACGUUACUCGGCACCUUCGCCCUGAAGUACGACUCCGAGGACGGCGUCGUCGCGACGCAGUACCUCGAGGCCGGCGCGACCGCGGCCUCGGUCAAGGCCGCGCUGGAAGCCAUCGGCACGGGCGAGCUCUUCGUCGGCGCCACGCAGGCGGCCAUGGGCAAGGAGUACACCAUCGUCUUCCUCGAGCGCCUGGGCCCCGUGCCGCCGCUCACCUUCGACGCGUCGCGCCUCUACGGCGGCCAGAACAGGUACGCGACGACGGGCAUCACCGUCGCCGUCACCGUCGCCGGCCGGCUCCCGGCCAUGGACUCGCCCCUCCGCGGCGAGGCCGAGGUGGAAUUGGACACGCUCGACGUGGACUCGCUCGGGCGCUACGUCUACGAGCUCGAGGACCUGGUCGCGGGCGAGCCCUACUCCGUCUCCGUGAGCCUCUACAACGGCGUCCGCUCGACCUACGGCCUCGCGACGCACUCGACGCCCGCGUCGCUCGUCCCCGCGGCGCCGCCGGGCCCGCCGCGGUCCGUGUCCGCCGUCGCGCUCUCCGACGGCUCGCUCAACGUGUCGUGGACGCCGCCCGUCGACGCCGGCGGCGCGGCCGUGACCAAGUACCGCGUCGAGUACGAUUCCACGGCGGCGACGCACGAGGUCCAGCGCGUCGAGUUCGAGUGCGCCGACGGCCCCCUCGUCGGCUCCUUCACGCUGACCUUCAACGGCGUGGCGACGGGCCCCGUGCCCGCGGGCGCGUCCGCGGACCGAGUCCGCUCGGCGCUCGAGGCCUUGGCCACCGUCGGCGAGGUCUCCGUGUCCCUCGCGUCGUCGGACGACAGCGCGUCCUACCAGAUCGCGUUCCGGACGAACGUCGGGGAUCUCCCGGCGCUCGAGGCGUCGACGACGGCGCUCCGCGGCAGCGACGGCGGGCCCGCGUCGUCCGCGGUCUACGAGCAGGUCAAGGGCGGCAGCCCGCCCUUCGACGAGGGCACGGUCGGCAUCUACACGCUGCCCCUGGGCUCCGUCGACGUCGUCCCCGUCGCCGAGGUCCAGGUCGUCGAGGUCGGCGCGAAAGCCGAGGACGUCAACGGCUACUUCUACCUUAGUUACGGCGCCGCGGUCUCCGACGCGAUCCCCGCGGACGCGACGGCCGCGGAGAUGGCCGCGGCGCUCGACGAGCUGAAGACGCUGGGCCCCGUGACCGUGUCGCGCGCCACGAAGACGCACCGGACGACGGAGCCCCUCCAGGACCCGUCCUACGUCUGGUCCGUGACCUUCGACGCGGCGCUCGGCGACGUGCCCUCGCUGCUCGUCUACGCGGGCACGGGCCUCACCCAGGAGGUCAUCGGCGCGCACGGCCACCUCGAGGGCUCCGCGCCCUUUGGCAACGUGUCCGAGCUCGUCAAGGGCGGCCUCCCCGAGUGGAUCGCCGCGGGCGGCGGCGACCUCGUCGCCGGCCGCCCCUACUACGCGCGCGUCGCGGCCUACACGGCGACGACGACGGCCUGGAGCGAGCCGCAGUUAGCUACCUUGACCGCGGCGCCCGAGUACGCCGUGCCGUCGCCCCCCGUCGACGUCAAGGUCUCCGUCGCGGGCCCGGAGUCGCUCGCGCUCUCCUGGGCGCCGCCGGCGGCGACCGGCGGCGCGGCCGUGUCCCACUACCUCAUCCAGUACGACCUCGACACGUCCUUCGACGAGUCGACGGGCGCGUCGCGCGUGCCGCUCUCGGAGCUCGCCUGGGACGACAACGCGGGCCGCUGGGCCUACGUGCUCGACGGCCUCACGACGGGCACGACGUACUACUGCCGCGUCAUGUCCUACAACCACGCGGGCUACUCGGACCCGGAGAUGGCCGCGUCGCGCAACGACGCGCCGCUCUACCGCGUCGAGACGACCCAGGCCUUCCGCCUCAAGGUCGAGGCGCGCGAGCGCGUCGACUCGACGCCGACGAUCGCCGCGGGCUCGACGGCCGACGCCGUCGCCCAGGCCAUCAUGGACCUGCCGGACGUCGCGACGGGCGCCAUCCUCGUGCGCCGCUGGGACAUGAGCUCCUGGACGGACUCGACGGGCAUGGGCACGCACUGGUCCGGCACGAAGUACGCGUACGAGAUCGAAUUCGGCAACGACCGCGACGCCGUGCUGGCGCUCACGGGCGUCGACGACGAGGUCCAGGCGUCCAACGUGACCCAGUUCGUCACGCCCGCGGGCGACGCCUACGGCAUCGCGCCCGCGUACCGCGAGCCGUCCGCGCCGACGGCCGUGCUGCUCUCGUCGGUGUCGCGGUCGAACCUCGGCGUGUCCUGGUCCGCGCCCGACCUCACGGGCGGCUCCGAGGUCCUCAAAUACCUCGUCGAGUGGGACAGCGACCGCGACUUCUCGACGCUCCGCGACAUGGACUCGUCCUUCGGUUCCGUCGCGGCGGCGACCGCCGGCGCCGUCGUCGUCAACGCGACGAAAUCGGAGGCGGAGUCGCGCCGCUCCGAGUUCCAGUACCAGAUCACGGGCCUCGUCAUGGGCCGGUCCUACUGGGUCCGCGUCUCCGCGUACAACGACUACAUGGGCUACGGCGACGCCGCGUCGUCCGAGCCCGCGUCCGCGGCGCCCGCGGACCAGCUCCUCGGCGCGCCGUCCAAGUUCCGCGCGAACCUGAGCGACACGGAGAUGCCCGACCGCCUCCUCCUCACCUUCCAGCAGCCCGUCCUCGACGGCAACGGCUUCGACAUCGGGACGGGCGCGGACUACACGCCGAACAAGGCCACGGCCUAUCGCAUCGAGUGGUCGGCGUCGUCGUCCUUCCCGGCCGCCGAGACGAGCUACUACGACUGGCGCGCGCUCGAGGACGACGACCAGGACCUCGAGUGCGAGGGCGACUGCACGAUCGACCUCGGCGCGGAGGUCCAGUCCGUCCGCGUCUUCUCCGACUCCGACUCGCCCCUGACCAACGGCUCCUACAAGCUCAUCUACGCGGGCCCCUCGUCGCCGACGACGCGCCUCAUCGUGACGCCGGGCUCCGCGCGCGCGGAGUACGUCAACGUCUCCAAGGACGUCGACUCGGCGACGGUCGCGAACGCCGCGGACGUCAUCCGCACGGGCGACUUCGUGCGCCUCGGCGGCGUCGACGGCAAGCUCUACUACGUGAACCAGACGACGUCGGGCAACUGCACGCUCCACGAGCCCUACUCGACGGGCCUCGGCUCGUACGUCGAUAGCCACACCGCGGCCGCGGAGAUCGAGGCCUUCGUCGUGACGCCGCCGGAGACGUGCAUCCCCUACGACGCCACGCCCGCGGAGAUGCUCGACCACCUGCGCGAGCAGAUGGACGACCUGCCCUUCGAGGAGACGCUCGUCGUGUCGCGCGACUCGAACACGUCCGUCGACAGCGGCUACCGCUACCGCGUCACCUUCUCCGGCGGCGCCUUCAGCGCCCAGCCCGUCGCGGAGCUCGAGGUCGUGUCGCGCCUCACGGCGGCGACGCACGGCCUCGCCGACAUCUGCGCCAACUUCACGAAGGCCCAGUCCAUCGGCUCGAACGUGUCCGUGCGCACCAUCCAGGUCGUCCACAGCGUCACGACGGACAUCGACUCCGACGCGCUGGCGCCCGGGGCGCCCUACUACCUGCGCCUCGCGGCCGUCAACGACGUCGGCGUCGGCUCCUACGCGGCGCCGUCCAUCGACGGCAAGCACGACACGCUCGGCGCGAUCGCGCCGUCCGCGCCGCCGGGCCUGCCGACGAACGUCAAAGUCUUCGCGGAGAAGGAGAGCGCGACGAGCCUCCUCGUCACCUGGGAGACCGUCGACGACGACCACGGCGCCGAGAUCACGGGCUGGCGCGUCGAGUACGCGAACGCGUCCUACUCGGAGACGUACGACAACGACUGGCACAAGGGCUUCUUCUUCAAGGAGGCCGACGCCGACGCGCGCAGCUUUUUGUUGGAUAAUCUCACGGCGGGCACGACCUACGCCGUCGGCGUCCGCGCGGUCAACGCACGCGGGCCCGCGCCGCCCGCGUGGUACGAGUACACCCGCCCGUCGCUGCCCUGGUGGUACGAGCAGACGGACUUGUUCGACGUCAAGGAGGGCCGCCAGCGCGCCGUCGCGACGUGCCCGCCCACGGGCCUCACGGAGUGCGUCGAGGAGCCGGACUACUUCAUCCUCGCGCGCGCGACGCCGGACGUGCCCCUGACGUUCCUCGCGCAGAACGGGCCCGAGGGCUUCGCGGGGCCCGACGGCUUCACGGCCAUGUCCGUCGUGACGUCCUGGAAGAACGGCGGCAACCGCGGCGACGAGGUCGACAAGUUCCUCGUCGAGUGGUCCAUGGACGACCAGUUCGCGGGCGACAGUUACCAGUCGAAGAUCGUCCAGAACAACCGGACGUCCGAGCCCAACGUCGAGCAGGUGCUCAACCUGACCUGCGCCGACGACGACUGCCGCGGCGACAUCGUGUUCGUGCGCAUCUCGGCGCACAACUCCCUCGGCUUCUCCAACGUCUCCGAGACCAUGGAGGCCGUGCCGAUGAAGUCGAGCGACGCGCCCUACGCGCCGUCGCUCGAGGCGCUCGACGAGGACGCGGGCGAGUACACGGUCCAGGACGUCGGCUCCCAAUUACUGGUGAAAUGGACCGUGCCCGUCAACGACAGCGUCGACAUCUACGGCAACGGCGGCGACACGAUCACGUCCUACUUGGUCGAAUACUCGAAGGAGCCCUGGGACGACUUCGUCCCCGUGAUCCAGCGGCUCCAGGUCGCGUCCAACGCCCCCGGCGGCGUUCUAGGCGGCACGAUCCGCCUCUCGCUGAACACGACGGACGACUCCAACGCCGCGGUGAAAUCCUUCGCGACCUCGUCGCAGAUCUUCGUCGGCAACGCGACCGCGUACGACGUCAAGAUCGCGCUCGAGAACAUGGAGAACGUCGGCGAGGUCGAGGUCACGGGCACGGUGUCCGGCAGCGGCGAUUCCCACACCUACGAUAUUACGUUCGUCGACGUCGUCGGCAACAUGUCGCUGCUCCAGCCCUACGCCGAGGGCGUCACGCGCGGCGUCAACGACAUCUCCUUCGACCCGAACCUCUUUAACAUCACGGAGCUGCGCAACGCGACCGUGCCCUACGGCGCCGAGUACCGCCAGGUCGUCGUCGACGUCGACGCGGGCGACGGCAUGGACUUUGAAUACUUUUUGGGCGGCCCGGACCGCCGGAGCCACCCGCCGCUCCUGCCGGGCGUGACCUACUACUGCCGCGUCGCGGCGGGCCACACGCUCGGCUACGGCGCGCGGCGCCAGACGCGGCCGCCCUACGUGACCGUGCCCCGGCAGACGCCCGGCACGCCCGGCGCGCUCGCGCCCGGCGGCGCCGACGGCAUCCCGACGCUGGAGGCCUCGAGCGACCAGACGCUCGUCGUCCAGAUCGGCGCGCCCGAGUUCGACGGCGGCGACCCCGUCGUCUACAACGUCAUCCAGUGGGACACGUCCCAGGACUUCACGUCCGACGACGGCGAGCCGCUCGGCUCCGCGACGGUCGCCGCGUCGAAGUGGCUCUGCGCCGACUGCGUCAAGGGCUUCGACGUCGACACCCACGUCUUCAACUACACGGGCAAGAACGACGACCCCCGCGAGCUCGCGAGCGGCGCGGCCAUCUACGUGACCUUCCCCGACGACGGCCUCACGUACAUGUUCACCGUGAAGUCGGGCGACCUGUACGCGCCGAACAAGAACCUCAUCUACGUCGAGGACUCGCACCAGCGCGUGCUCUCCUACGCGCCCAUGGACGCGGAGCUCCGCGUCGUCGGCGCGUCCUACAGCAUCGACGGCUUGGUGCCCGGCCUCGAGUACUACGUCCGCGUCGCGUCCGAGAACGCGAUCAAGGGCCAGGGCGACUUCCUGCGCACGGCGCCGCCCUCGGCGAUCCCCGUGGGCACGCCCUCCGCCGCCGGCACCGUGGAGACGGCCGUCGCGUCCGCGCACGCCGUCGACGUGUCCUGGACGGCGAGCCACGUCGCCGGCGGCGCCGUCUCGGGCUACCGCGUCGAGGCGAUGACGGCCCAGGCCAUCCCCUCCGCGCUGGGCUCGCUCUACGGCCUCGCGGAGGUGCAGAAGGUGUCGACCUACUGGACCUACGACGCCGACGAGGGCGACGGCUACACGACGGCCUACGCGAACAACGCGACGGACGGCUCCUUCACGCUGGCCUUCGGCGCCGUCGACCGCGCGCUGCCCGGCACCGUGAAGAUGGUCUACAUGAAGCAGUACAUGACCACGUCGGUAGAUCUCACGGGCCACAUCGGCCGCGGCGACGCCAUCGUCGUCAACGGCCAGACCAUGACCGUGUCCGCGCGCCGCGCGUUCAAUUCCACGCACCUCUACGUCGAGGAGGUCUACUCGGGCGACACGGGCCUCGCGUUCACCGCGUACCAGCGCGCGACGACGGUGCCCAUCGCCCACGACGCCUCGGCCAACGCCGUCGAGGGCUACCUCGAGCAGCUCCCGAGCGUCGGCGACGUCCGCGUGGGCCGGUCCUACGACGAGGACGCGGGCGGCUACGUCUGGAGCGUCACGUUCCUGAGCGACGUCGGCGACCUCGACCCCCUCGUCGCGAACCCGACGGGCCUCCUCUGCGCCUUGGAGGACUGCAUCAACCCGAGCAUCCGCGUCGUCGAGCACUACGCGGGCGUCGAGCCCGACAACUACACGGCCGUCACCGUGUCCGGCGCCGCGUCCGCGGCGACGAUGACGGGCCUCGCGACGGGCGCCGAGUACGCCUUCCGCGUGACGGCCUACUCGGCGAACGGCUACGGCGAGGUCAGCGCCGUCGCGACGGCGACGCCCGCGGAGGAGCCAGCCGCGCCCACGGGCCUGGCGCGGCUCUCGCGCCACUCCACGUCGCAGCUCCUGCUCCAGUACGAGCAGAGCGCCGACGACGCCGGCGCGGGCAUCACGUCCUACACGAUCCAGCACUCCCAGUCCGCGGCCUUCCCCGAGGGCGCGACGGUCGAGCAGUCCUUCGAUAUUUCGUAUGAGGUCCAAAAGGUCGCGACGGACGCGCACACGCUGCCCUUCACCGAGGCCGCGUCGUUCUCGCUGUCCGUCGGCGACUUCGAGGGCAGCUGGGUCCUCUUCGACGAGCACGAGAAGAACCGCACGCUCGUCGACGUGGACCACAACGGGUCCCUCGUGACGCGGUCGCUCGCGAACUCGGGCGCGGACGAGCGCGGCGAGCUCGACCAGCACUUUGCGCGCGGCGACUUUUUGCGCAUCGGCGGCCAGGUCUUCUCCGUCUGCCUCCAGACGAACGCGUUGCUCCACAACGUCACGCUGUCCUACCCCGUCGACGACUCGGCCGACACCUACGGCUGGGCGCGCUACGACGAGUCGACGCUGCCUUUGUGCAAAGCGUCGGACCCCUGGACCGCGGCCUUCUACGACGGCGGCAGCCGCGAGGACGACCUGCGCCAGGCGCCCCUCUACAAGCUCGACACGGCCCUCAGCGGCUCCUACGCGCCGGAGCUCGGCGACGCGCGGCUCGCGCCGCGCCUCGGCGACUCCGUCGGCACGGCCGUCGACUGGCGGUCGCUGGGCCUGCGCCGCGGCGACUACGUCCGCGUGGGCCACCCCGUCGACGGCGAGACGUUCCGCGUCUCGACGGACCACACGCGCGAGUUCUCCGAGGCCUACGUGCCCCUCGCGUCGCCCGACGACGCCAUGUCCGAGGCGGGCCUCACGGUCGCGUCGCUCGCGCACGCGACGUACGAGGUCCAGGAGAUUCUGAUCUACUGCGACCCGACCAAGUCGGGCGCGACCAUCGACAACAAGAACAAGUGCAACCUCACGGAGGGCGCGACGUCCGCGAGCGGCUACCGCCUCGUCUUCGGCGAGGAGCUCACGACGCAGACGACCGCGGGCGGCGAGGCCGGCUGCCUCCUCUGGGACGGCGCCGCCGCGGACCUCGAGGCGGAGCUCGAGGCCAUGUACCUCGUCGACGACGUCGUCGUCACGCGCGGCGACAUGAACAACGCCGCGGGCGACAGCUACUACGGCGUCCGCUACCUCGUCACCUUCGUCGGCGACCUCGUCCGCGGCAACGUGCCCCAGCUCACGGUCACGGACCUCGGCCGCGACGGCUGCGGCGACGCCGAGGACGCGGACGCGUCCUACGUCUUCGGCUCGAACGCGACGGCCUACUCGGCCACGCUGCAGGCGAGCACGGUCCCGGUCUGGAAAGCCCAGACGACGGCGCCGCUCGCCUGGGACGCCGAGGCCGCGGACGUCAAGUACGCGCUCGAGAACCUCGCCCAGGUCUGCACCGUCGACGUCGAGCGCGUCGUCGAGACGGGCUCGAACGGCUACUCGUGGUACGUGACCUUCACGUCGGAGCUCGAGAGCGAGGCCGACACGGCCUUCGCGUACCAGGCCAUGGUCGGCCUCGGCGCCAACGAGGACGGCCUCGACGCCGCGGUGCUGCCGACGGUGUCCGUCGUGCCCGUCCGCGAGGUCGUGCUCGACGCGAACGUCUCCGGCGGCCCGACGUACGUGAGGGUCGCCGCGAACAACGACUACGGCCGCGGCGAGUACCGCGCGUCGAGCCCGCUCGCGCUGACCCCGUCGACGCAGAAGCCCGACCCGCCGGCCUACGUCCGCGCCGAGGUCGUGUCGCCCACCGAACUGCUCGUCGAGUGGACCGCGCCGCUCAACGACGGCGGCCAGCCCGUGACGUCCUUCAAGGUCGAGUACGACCCGUCGGCCGAGUUCAACUCCGGCGCCGAGGGCUACCCGACGAACACGACGCACGUUUUGGCGACGUCGCGCAACGCGCGGCCCGACGUCCAGUCGUUCACCGUCGCGGAGACGACGGGCGACCGCUACCUCGGCGGCUUCUUCGCGCUGAGCUUCGACGGCCAGGACACGCAGGCGCUGCCCUACGACGCGUCCGCCGCGGCCGUCGAGGCCGCGCUCGAGUCGCUCUGCACCGUCGACGACGUCACGGUGAGCCGCGAGCUCCGCUGCUCGCCCGCGCCGGACGCGCACACGGGCUGCGUCGACCCCCAGGGCUACACGUGGCUCGUGACCUUCGAGUCCGUCUUCUACGGCGGCGACCAGCACACGCGGUUCCGCUCCGCCUACCAGGGCGUCUCGGGCCACAAGCUCGCCGUCGACGGCGCGAACCUGCUGAGCUGCGCGUCCAAGGAGGGCGGCGGCCACUUCCCCGACGCGACGGACUGCUUCCGCCACAGCGCGAACGCGUCCGCCGUCGCGACGCUCACGGGCUCGCGCCAGGAGCGCCAGGUCUUCAAGUGCGAGGAGGCCGUCGGCGCGUCGCUGAGCCUCCAGGUCCGCGGCGACUACACGGCGUCCCUCGUCAAGAUGCUGCCCGGCGAGCUCUUCGCGACGGUCCAGCCCGACGGGCUGCCGGCGGGGUUCCCGCUCACGCGCGGCGGCAUCGGCAAGGACGCCGACGGCCUCUCCAUCGAGGAGGCCAUCGAGACCGUCGCGGGCGAGGUCGAGCUCAGCUGCUACGGCUGCGCCGACUACGUGACCUACAACGGCAAGAACGUGACCUGGGUGCCCUGCGCGGGCGAGAACAUCACCGUCAACUUUGGGUCCGCGCGCGGCGACGUGCCGCCGAUCCUCGUGUCCAACGGCGCGCGCGCGCGCGAGCUCGUCAAGGGCGUCGCGCAGGAGGCCGUGGGCCAGCUCACCUACUCGGCCCUCGUGUCCACGGGCGUCACGUCCGGCUCGUCCUACUACGUCCGCGUGUCGUCCUACUCCUCCGUCGGCGUCGGCGAGGCCGCGGUCGCGGAUCUAGUGUCGCCGCUGCAGCCCGCGGUCGUCGCGCCGCGCGAGCCUCUGAACGCUCACGCGAGCCACGUGGGCGACCACGAGGUGCUCGUCGGCUGGGACGGCCCGACGUCCGACGGCGGCUCGGACCUCGACUCCUUCGUCGUCGAGUGGGACACGAACCCGUCGUUCUCGUCGCAGUGCCUCGAGGUCUCGGGCUUCGACUGCGGCGACGUCGGCCCCGUCGGCUCGCUGGAGAUCUCCGUCGGCCGCGCGGACCAGACCAUCGGCACGGUGGCCUACGCGUCGCCCGACGACGACGAUGCCGCGCUCCGGCGGCGCAUCGCCCUGCCGCUCUCCGCGGCGGACGACGUCGACGAGGGCGACACGAUCAACGUCGACGGGAACGCGUACGUCGUCCAGACGGUCAACGCGGACGCGUACUUCGCCGCGGCGGAGCCCCACACGGUGACCUGCGCGACGGACGUGACCUGCGUCGUGCUCACGACGCCCUACGUCGGCCGCGCGGUCAACGCGUCCGCGCCGCAGAUCUACGCGUUCUCGGGCGCGUCCGUCGGGUCCAUCUACUCGACGGAGAUCACGGACCUCAAGUCCGGCGUCGAGUACUACUUCCGCGUCGCCGCGCGCACGACGCCGGGCUGGAGCGACCGCCCGGGCGACCCCCUCGACGGCUACCUCGUCGGCCCCUGGACGACGGCCCACGCGGACGCGCUGUGCGCGUCCGCGCCGGACGUCCCCCAGGUCGCGCAGAUCGGCGGCGGCAUCGUCGAGGGGUCCUGCAACGUCUACGACGUCAUGGGCUGCCGCCUGCUGGAAGCCUCGUCGAUCCGCGUCGACUGGCGGCCGCCCGCGCUCGGCUACCCCGAGGGCAACAACGGCGCGGCCGUCUCGGGCUACGAGGUCCAGCUCUCGGGCCGCCAGUCCGCGGUGCAGACGCUCGUCGUCACCGUGGCGACGCCGUCCUUCAGCGACGGGUCCUACGCGCUCCAGAGUGGCAAUUCGACGACGGCCUGCAUCCCCGUGGACGCGGACGCGGCGACGCUCGAGCUCCGCCUCGAGGAGCUUCCCUACGUCGACGGCGUCUCCGUGACCAGGGAGGCGACCUCCACGACGGAGACGGUCUACGCCAUCACCUACGACGGCGCCUACGUGUCCAACUACCACGUCGACCCCCUCGCCGUCGUCGCGGCGAACGUCGCGCGCGGGCCCGCGCUCGGCUGCGCGUACGACGCGGGCGCGGUGACGAUCGCCGCGCACUGGGGCGACCGCUACGACAACGCGUCGACCAUGGUCGCGUCCCACGUGCCCGAGGUCGCCACGGUGUCCACGGGCUCGCGCACGCGCCACGGCAAGCUGUCGGGCGUCUUCGAGCUCGCGUGGGACUUUACGGGCUUCCCGGACCUCGCGCUCUGGGCGAACGACACCGACAGCGUCGUCAACGCGACUGUCGACGCCGGGUCGGCCAAGGUCUACCUCCACCACCGCACGGGCGCCAACCUGACGGCCCUCCUGAACCCCGGCGACCUCGUGCGCAUCGGCGGCGAGGUGCACCACGUGUCGCUCGACGCGUCGUUCCCGUCGCGCGGCUUCGACAAGCGCGGCGAGUACUUCCACCUCGUCGACUACCACCUCCAGGGCUGCGACUCCUGCACGGUCUUCGUCGAGUCGACGCGCCUGGGCCACACGCUCCACGGCGGCGGCGGCAAGGACAAGUGGAGCGGGCGCCUCCUCGAGGACGAGGCGGCGCUCGUCUACUUCGAGGAGGGCCUCCGGUUCCCGCCGAACCGGGCCUACCAGACGCUCGAGUCCGAGGCGCGCAACUCGUCGGCCUACCGGCGCCAGUCCGUGCUCGUGCCCUUCGACGCGUCGCCCAUGGAGCUCGAGCAGGCGCUCGAGGGCCUCCCGGGCCUCGGCUCCGUCGAGGUCUCGCGCUUCGGCCCGGCCAAGGACAACGGCUUCGUCUGGUCCGUGACCUUCACGUCCCUCGGCGGCGCCUCGCGCUGCCCCGAGGCGCCCUGCCUCACGGCUUCCGCCGUCACGGCCAACUACGUCGAGCUCGGCGGGCCCGGCUGCGCGGGCGACCUCGCGGGGCCCUACGUCGAGACGGGCGCGAUCUACAACGGCCGCUCCGUCUUCGAGAAGGUCGGCACGCCCUUCUUUAUCAACUGGGACGCGAACGCGUCGUCCUGGGAGCUCAAGGCCAACAACCUGACCCUGGCCCACGGGCCGAAGCAGGCGUUCUACUACCCGCGCGGCGGCUACGAGUUCUACGCGGCGUCCUGCGUCGUCCAGCGGCGGCCCGACGGCGACCCGGCGACCGUGCCCCUGCUGCACAACACCUUCGCCAACGGCUCCGCCGUGGCCCAGUCCAACGACACCUACGCGGACGCGCGCGUCGCGCGCGCGGGCGUCGCGCCGUCGUUCGACGACACGGUCUUCUUCGAGUCCGCGUCCGGCGGCGCCUACGAGGUCCAGGCCAUCUCGUUGACGGCGGACGCCGACGACGUCGACGGCGUCUUCACCAUCGCCUUCACGGACACGGAGGCCGUCACGGGCACGGUCUUCCGGGCCCACGCGCCCGUCGUCGUCGAGUACGACGCGACCGCCGAGGACGUCGCGGUCCAGCUCGAGUCCCUCGCCUCCGUGGGCCGCGUCGCCGUCUCCAAGACCGCGCUCCCGACGGCCGACGCCUCGUCGGUCUACGGCGCGGUCUGGACCGUGACGUUCCUGACGCAGCCCGGCGACCUGCCGCUGCUCAUCCUCGACGGGUCCUCCCUGUCGGGCACGAACGUCGCCCUCUCCGUCGCGACGUCGUCGGAGGGCGUCGACCCGACCUACGAGACCCUGGCGACGGGCCUCGAGCCGGGCAAGCGCUACGCCGCGCGCGUCCGCGCGGUCAACUCCGAGGGCUACGGCCCCUGGACCGACGAGCCGCUGCGGUCCGCCAAGGGCAUCGACGAGCCCGCCCAGGGCCAGGGCGCCGGCGUGUUGCCGCUGUCGACGGCCGUCGGCUCCGUGCCGGACCCCAUCGCGUCCGUGACCGUCGCGGCCGCGUCCGCGUCGCAGUUUUCCAUCGCGUACGACGCGCCCGAGAGCCGGGGCCUGCCCAUCGACUCCUACCUCAUCGAGUGGACGACGGCGUCGUCCUUCACGGCGACGUCGGAGACGUGGACCAUCGAGCUCCGCAACGAGCCCUGGGGCCUCGCGGACCUCCAGGGCCGCUGGUCCAUCUCCGUCGGCUCCUUCGAGACGCACCCGCUCUCGCCGACGGCGUCCGCGGACGCCGUCGCGGCCGCGCUCAACGUGCUCCGCAACAUGGGCGCCGUCCAGGUCGAGAAGUCGGCGACGCGGUCCGUCGCGACCUACAAGGUGAGCCUCCUCCAGGACGUCGGCGACCUCAACGGCUUCGCGGUCCACACCGAGGAGCUCCAGUCCAUCUCCCACCCGCUCAACCACUCCAUCUCCGGCGGAUCCGUCAACGCCUCCGGCGCGCCGGGCGUCAAGCCCGCGAACUACGGCGCGAUGAUGGUCUACACGGAGGCGGACGGCGACGCCUUCGACGGCGCGUGGCGCGCGGACGGCGGCGUCGACGUGCCCAAGAGCCGCUGCGGCUCCGUCUACGCGGGCCUGCUCGACUCCUGGGACUCGCUCCAGCUCCUGUCGCUCCACACCCUCGACGACCAGGCCCACGAGACGGAGCACUACGUCGACGCCGGCUCCUACCGCCUCGAGCUCGGCGGCGAGCUCACGAAGUGCAUCGACUACGCGGCGUCGGCGAUCGAGGUCCGCGAGGCCAUCGAGGGCCUCGAGUUCGUGCCGUCGGGGUCCGUGCGCGUCAAGGCCUUCGAGGCGACGAACCAGACGGGCUUCCCCUUCCGCUACUCGAUCCAGCUCCUCGGCGCCUACGUCGACGGCGCGUGGCCCCAGCUCCGCGUCGACCCGACGUCGUUCGGCAAGUCGUGGCGCGACGUCGACGUCAAGAGCGGCUGCGAGGAGUUCUCCGUCGUCACGACGGGCAACGUGCCCCUGGGCAAGUCGAACGUGACGGCGUCCAUCGUGCCCAUGGCCGAGCACGGCUCCUGCGCGUCGGGCAACGACGAGGUCCAGAUCGUCGUCGCCGAGGCCGACACGGCGCUCGGCGGCUCGCUCGACCUCUACUUCAACGGCCAGGUCGUCGAGGGCUUCGCCGUCGACGGCUCGCCGCGGGACCUCGAGGCCGCGCUCCUGGCCCUGGACGGCGUCGACGCCGUCGAGGUCACGAAGCACGUCCACGCGGACCAGCCCUACGGCAUCGCGUACGCCGUGACGUUCACGGGCGGCCUCGGCCGCCGCGACCUCCUCGCCGCGGGCGCGUCGCACCUCACGGGCAACGACGCCGCGGCGAACGUCUACCCGCUCGUGAACAUCUCGUCCAUGGCCAUCCUCGACGAUCUGGAGGGCACCUUCGUCAUCCACGUCGGCGACGAGAUGACCGCGCCGCUCCGCUGGGACGCGACGCACGGCAAGGUGCUCCACGCGCUCCACGCGCUCGACGCCGUCGGCCGCGUCGCCAUCCUCGGCGAGCCCGACGGCGCCCUCGAGGCCCCGGUCUACCUGAGCAACGGCACGCACUGCGGCAUCCUCGCGGCCAUCGAGGGCGACGGCCGCGGCUGCGGCGUCCAGGAGGCCGUCGUCCUGGGCGACCUCAGCACGGCCGUCGCGCCCGGCGACGCGCUGCGCCUCUCGAACGCGACGGACGCCUGGGACUCGGGCGCGGGCCCGAGCCGCCUGAUCACGGCCGUGUCCUACGUCGCCAACUUCCGGUCGCUGCCGGACGAGCUGCGCCUCAACCUCACGCAGCUCAUCGGCCGCGACGACGUCGCCGACGCCGGCGGCAUCACGGUGCUCGAGCUCAGCUCGCCCUUCCACCACGCGGACAUCAUGCGCGACGGCCGCCAACUGUUCGCCUGGGGCUACUACGGCCGCGGCGACGACGGCGGCCCCGGCGAGGACUUCAAGUCGAAGAACCUGCUCGGCGCGUACCGCGCGUUCAUCGGCGAGACGUCCAAGGCCAAGGCGCCGCUCCCGGGCAAGGUGUCCUUCGACGCGGCGACGACGGUGCUCCAGGCGACGCCCGCCGCGGGCGUCACGAACGGCAUCGACUACAGCCGCGUCGUCUACCUCGCCCCCGGCGGCGUCGCCGCGCUCAACGCGUCCGUCUUCGGCAACGGCGCGAACGAGUCGGAGAUCGUCGUCGCGGGCGAGACGUACAAGAUCGCGGACGUGAACCACGCGAACUGCGGCGUCGACUGCCUGCUCCUCGAGACGCCGCUCCACGUCUCCGUGGACGCGGGCCUCCCGGCGACGUCGGUCUUCCCGCGCAUGGUCACGGCGACGACGACGGCGGACCUCGCCGCGCCCCUCGUCGCCGGCGGCUCCGUCUGGAUCGCGGCGACGCGCUUCGACGUGCUCUCGGUCGCGUCGACGUCGCUGCGCCUCACGGGCCCCUUCGUCGAGCCCGCCGUCGGCGCGACGGCCUUUGGCUGGGCCAACGGCUACGCCUACGACCUCGUCUUCAAGGACUUCACGAGCCCGCUCGGCGCGGACCCGGGCGGCGCGAAGAAGCUCGACGCGAUCAAGGCGCUCCGCGCGCGGCCCUUCGGGGGCUUCCGCGGCACGGGCGCCCAGCUCCGCUACUCGCUGCCCUUUGGCAUCGCGCCGCGCACGGACGUCCUCGGCGCCCCGUCGGAGGUGCAGACCGUGGCCAUCCGCGCGACGUCGGAGACGGCCGCGCGCCGCGCGCGGAACCAGGCCAACUUCACGCUGAGCAUGGCCCACAGCGACCAGUACUUCAGCGACGGCACGGCGACUUUGACGACGACGACGCCCAUCCGCUGGGGCGCGUCGGCCGCCGACGUCGAGGCCGCGCUCCUCGAGCUCAACGAGGUCGACCAGGUCACCGUGAAGCGCUCCGGCGACGGCGUCUCCGCGGGCAGCGAGCACGGCUACGUCUACACCGUCACCUUCUGGGGCGCGAACCACGCGGACCUGGGCAUCCCCCAGCUCGAGCCGCGCCUCUUCAAGCCCGACACCGACGACACGCCCGCGAACCGCACGUCGAUCCACGUCGACACGGUCCGCGAGGGCGCCGCGCCCGGCCGCCACGCGUCGAAGUACGUCGCCUUCGCCGCGGACGCCGAGUACACGUUCCGCGUCUCCGCGAAGAACGCCGUCGGCUUCGGCCCGCCGUCCGUGCUCGCCACGGGCACGGCCGCGCUCGCCGUGCCCGACGCGCCGACGGCCGUCGUCCUCGGCGAGGCCUACGACGCCGCGUCCCUCAGCGUCGCCUGGCAGCCGCCGUUCCUCGACGGCGGCGCGACGAUCUCCGCCUACCGCGUCGAGAUCGACAGCUCCGCGGGCUUCGACUUCCACGGCGACGACUACCGCGUCGACGAGGUCGCCUUCGUCCACGAGGUCCAGACGGUGACGACGCACUUCCGCGCGGCCGAGUCGCAGCGCCGCGGCACGUUCACGCUGUCCUGGGGCGGCAAGACGACGGCCCACCUCGACCACGACGCGUCCGCCGACGAGGUCGCCGACGCCGUGAGCCGCCUCACGGGCGUCUGGGACGUCGGCGUGCCGCCGGUCCGCGUCACGCGGUCGCGCGCCGCGCGCGGCUACGCGUGGCGCGUCCAGUUCGUCGGCGUCUACGGCAACGUCGGCCUCCUCACGGCCGACGACUCCUACCUCAUCGGCGACGACGCGCGCAUCGAGGUCGAGGAGGUCACGGAGGGCUACUGCGACGUCGUGCCCGGCGGCUUCUCCUACGAGGUGCAGACGGUCCAGGUCGACGCGCUCUCGACCGUGUCGGGCUCCUUCAAGCUCAGCUUCGAGGGCCAGGAGACGGCGUCCAUCGCCGUCGACGCGUCCGCGAUCGAGUUCAAGUACGCGCUCGAGGCCCUCGACACCAUCUUCACGGCCAACGUCGUCGCCGAGGACUACGAGCCGUCCAAGGGGCCCCGCCUCUGGACGGUCACCUACACGCACCAGGCGCACACGCUCACGCAGGGCGCCCAGGACGCGUCGCUCAUGGUCUCCGACACCGCGGACCUGUCGCCGUCGUCGACGGCCGAGGUCGUCAUCACGGAGCGCAUCAAGGGCGCCGACGCCUUCCGCUACGCCUUCGACGGCCUCGACGCGGGCAAGGAGUACUUCGCGCGCGUCACGGCCUACAACUCCGCGGGCUACGGCCCCGUGUCGUCCGUCGCGACGGCGACGCCGCGCACGCAGCCGGGCCUCCCGGGCACCGUCGCCGUCGCCGUCGCCUCCGGCACGUCCCUCGACGUGACCUGGACGCCGCCGAACGACGACGGCGGCGCGCCGGUCCUCGGCUACGACAUCGAGUGGUACUCCGAGGAGACCCAGGACGAGGUGCAGGUCGUGACGCUCUCCGCGUCCGACGGCGUCGCGGAGAUCCAGUCCGUCACGACCGAGGCCGACACGGACGGCCUCAGCGGCUACUUCACCCUCGAGCUCCGGGGCGAGACGACGGAGAUCAUCUCCGUCGACGCGCCCGCCGAGGGCGAGGGGUCCGUGAAGACGGCCCUCGAGCGCCUCAGCUCGUCCGGCGAGAUCGAGGUCUCGCGCGACUACAGCUCGCGCGUCGUCCGCGGCGUCUCCGUUGCCGCCGGCGAGGGCAAGGGCUUCAUCGAGGUCAGCAAGGGCGCCUUCCACCAGACGGGCUCGAGCCGCCUCGACCAGAACGACCUCGUCUUCGUCGCCGGCGAGCAGUUCCGCGUGCGCCAGAUCGACUACGGCGCGGGCCGCCUCGAGCUCGGCUCGCUCGACGACUUCACGACGCCCGCGUACUUCGCGGGCGCCAACGUCACCGACGCGCCGCUGACGACCUGGGCCUUCGGCUACGAGUGGACCGUGACCUUCGCGGGCCUCGUCGGCGAGCAGCCGCUCCUCGUCGCCAAGGAGGCGGACCUCUGGGCGGGCACGUCGCCCGUCCUCAAGGUCGAGCGCGUCCGCUUCGGCCAGGCGCCGCUCAAGGGCACCUUCGCGCUCGGCUUCGAGGGCGACGCGACGCCGCCGCUCUCGCACGACGCGACCGCGGCGGACGUCGAGGCCGCGCUCGAGCAGCUCUCGACGAUCACCGACGUCGUCGUCACGCGCACGGUCAACAACAACGGCUACAACUACGAGGUCGCCUUCGGCCACCCGCGCGGCGACGUCUCGACCAUGUACGCCCUCGACGACAUGCUCACGGGCCCCGACGCCGCCGCGCGCGUCGCGACGUUCACGCACGGCAAGGACCCGGACCACUUCGGCACGGACCGCGCCGCGGGCGACGCGUCGUCCUACCAGAUCACGGGCCUCGACGCCGGCGUCGGCUACUACGUCAAGGUCGCGCCCUUCAACUCCGAGGGCACGGGCCUCUACGCGGGCCCCGGCGAGGGCGCCGACGACGACAGCUCCGCGGUCGUCGGCAUCGUCGCGCCCGUCGCCGCGCCCGGCGGCCCCGAGGACGUCGAGCUCUACCCGCUCGAGCCCACGUCGCUCCGCGUCGAGUGGAGCCCGCCGACGGACACGGGCGGCCAGGCCAUCGUGCGCUACGUCGUCCAGUGGGACACGAGCGCGGAUUUCGGCAACAUCGCGACCUCGGGCUACGAGGCGCUCGUCACGGCGACGGCGGACGCGGAGCGCGAGUGCUACGACAUCGCCAUCUCCGCCGUCAGCAGCCAGGUGCCGCGCUACGUGCGCGUCGCGGCCUACAACGGCUUCGCCGUCUCGGGCUUCGAGACGUCGUCGCCGCUGAGCGCCGCGGGCGCGCUCCUGCCGCCCGGCGCGCCGCUCGACGUCGUCCUCGAGGUCACGUCCGGCGUCGGCCUCCUCGCGACCUGGGCCGAGCCCUCGGCCUACGCCGGCGGCUCCUGCGGCUACGGCGGCGACGGCGGCUCGGAGAUCGUCGAGUACGCGGUCGAGUGGGACGUCACGGCCGACUUCUCGUCGCCCGCGGAGCGCGUCAUGGUGCCCGCGACGUCGCUCAGCUUCCUCAUCGGCGGCCGCGACCCGCUCACGGGCGUCGAGUCGACGAUCCUCGAGCGCGGCCGCACGUACUGGGUCCGCAUCACGGCCUUCAGCGCCGAGGGCGCGUCCCCGGCGACGCCGACGACGCCCCCGAGCGCGACGACGGCCGACUCCGUCCCCGGCGAGCCCGAGGCGAACCCCGUCGCGACGCCCGUCGACGCGACGAGCCUCUACUCGUCGUGGAGCGUGCCGUCCAAGGACGGCGGCGCGACCAUCGACGCGUUCCGCGUCGAGUACGACCCGGACAGCGGGUUCGGCACGCCCCAGACCGCCGUCGCGCCGGUCAUCUCCGAGUACCAGAUGCUCCUGCUCAACGCGGACGUCUACAGCGAGAUCCAGUCCAUCCAGGCGACGACGCUCGUCACGAACGAGAAGCAGACCGUGCGCACGUCCGUCGACGGCGUCGACGAGGUGCAGACCAUCACGACGUCCGCCGACGAGGUGACGCCCGAGGUCCAGACGCUGACGACGUCCGCCGUCGACGUCGACGAGAUCCAGACGGUCCUCGCGUCCGCGACGAUCAGCGACGAGAUCCAGGUCGUCCGCACGUCCGUCGAGAGCGUCGCCGAGAAGCAGCGCGUCACCUACGCCGUCGGCGACACGCCCGAGGUCCAGGCCUUCGGCUUCUACCUGCUCCAGGCGGACACGAACCAGGGCUCGCUCGAGGCGACGAUGGACGCGCUCGACGCGGACCUCGCGAGCGUCGUCCCGACGUUCGACAUCUCGUGGGACAUCACGGACUGCGGCUCCGCCGAGGGCGUCAACUUCUGCCAGCUCGGCGUCGACGAGGACAGCGCCAUCGGCACCAUCUCCUGCGACAGCGACCCGACGAACGACUGCAUCGCGGCCUCCAUCGACCUCUACGACUCGUCGAACGCGCUCAUGUCGACGGCCGACAUGGAGACGGCGCUCAACGCCAUGUCCUACUCGGGCACGCAGUUCAUGAUCGACGCCGACGGCGUCGGCGUCAACGUGACGCGCACGCGCGAGAUCGUCGGCGACGUCCAGGCCGGCGACGGCUCCGGCACGUCCUGCGCGUCGUGCACGGGCGUCUACCACGUCGAGUACCGCGUCACCUUCACGGGCCGCCACCACCGCGGCAACGUGCCGUCGAUCGCGCUCACGACGUCCUCCGCGCUCUCGACGUACUCGUCGACGUACGGCGGCUACACGGCCGUCUCGGGCUCGGACACGAUCGGCUACCUCAGCUCCUGCUGCGAUUCCACGUGCUCCUCGAGCUGCCCCGACGAGCUCGGCCCCGUCCUGUCCGGCGACACGAUCCAGGUCUUCUGGUACCCGCCGGCGACGGUGUCCGGCACCAUCGUCGGCUACUCCAUCCAGUGGGACGACGCCGUCUCCUUCGCGGACGCGGACACGGACGCCGCGACGUGCGACACGGCCGGCUACGGCGACUGCCUCGCGGAGGGCGCGACCAUCUCCGGCACGCCGCCCUACGACUACGUCGUGUCCGGUCUCACGAUCAACACGACCUACUACUUCCGCAUCGCCGCGCGCAACGAGCUCUACGACCCCCUCGACGAGGACGACGUGCCGACGUGGUCCGAGAUCCUCUUCGCGACGACGGCCGAGCAGACGCCGCUCGCGCCGUCGUCGGCGACGCUGCACCUCGCGGGCAAGGACAAGCUCCAGCUCGAAUUCGAGCGGCCGCUGUCCGACGGCGGCACGAACCUCAGCCACUACCUCAUCGAGUACGACACCUCCGGCACGUUCUCGAGCCCCAAGGUCUUCAACGUCUCGGCGUCCGAGGUCGAGGCCGCGGCUCUCUACGAGGACGGGCCGUCGAUGGUCUACGUGACGGGCCUGAGCGCGGGCACGCUCUACUACGUGCGCGUCGCCGCCGUCAACACCGUCGGCACCAGCGCCUGGGCGACGGCGUCGAACCCGACGGCCCCCGCGGCCGCGCCGGACCGCUGCACGACCCUGGAAGUGUCGACGGCCGACGAGCAGUCGGGCGCGCCGAUCACGGACUUGGACGUCUCGUGGCUCGGCCCGGGCAACGCGACGAACUCGAGCCUGUCGGAGGGCGACAACGGCUCGCCCAUCGUCUCCUACCUCGUCGAGUGGUACACGGCCGAGGCGACGUGCGAGGAGCAGCUCAUCCGCGCGACCUGGGACCAGGACACGACGCCCUCGAGCACCGCGGGCUUCGUCAUGCAGUUCAGCAACGGCCGCGACGCGACGACCUACGGCGUCACGACGUCCAAGGUCGGCUACGACGCCGCGAGCUCGCUGAUCCGGUCGUCGCUCAUGAACCUCGGCCACACGGCCGAGGCGCCCUACGACUCCGAGUACGUCGCGGGCCCCCUCGACGUCCAGCGCACGGCGACGAACAACUACCACGGCUACGCCUGGACCAUCGUCUUCUCCGACUGCGCCGACGGCGACCUCAACGAGGGCGACCUGGUGCCCAUCAACGUCGCCGAGAGCUCCGUGUCCGAGUCGCUCGAGGUCGACGUCUCCGAGCUCGUCGCGGGCGCGCGGUCCCUCGGCAACGCCGAGGUCCAGAUCAUCACGAUCUACGGCGACAUGACCGACGCGCAGAUGGCCGUCAACGACACGACGACGCCCGUCAAGGGCUUCUUCCGCCUCGGCUUCGACGGCAGCGCGUACUCGAACUACAUCCCCGCGACGGCGACGGCCGCGCAGGUCGCCGAGGCCCUCGAGCUCCUGCCCACCGUGGGCCAGGUCGAGGUCUCGGCGUCCGCCUACGCGCCGUCGGCGACGGAGGCCGGCAUGGAGUACCGCGUCACGUUCUCGACGGACGUCGGCGACCAGCCCGCGCUCUUCAAGGACGUCGCCUACCUCUACAGCGCCGUCUCCGGCGGGUCCUACUCGUUCUCCAUCACGGGCGCGGACAACGCCGUCGACGACAUCACGGGCCUCAAGGAGGACGCGACGGUCGUCGGCGAGGCGCCCGCGCGCUACGGCUCCGCCGUCGUCGACGCGGACCAGCUCAGCUACACGAUCAACGGCCUCGAGUCGGGCAUCGAGUACUACGUUCGCGUCUCGGCGGUCAACGCCUACGGCGCGGGCCCCGUGCUCACGUCGGCGUCGAACCUCGUGCCCCAGCAGAUCCCCGACUCGCCGUCGAACGUCACCGUCGGCGUCAACGACGGCGACUCGGACUCGCUCACGGUGUCCUUCGACGCGCCCCUCAGCGACGGCGGCGCGGAGAUCUCGCACUACCGCGUCGAGCUCGACCCGACGGACACCUUCGACGACCCCAUCCGCGAGGACUUUUACUGCCCGACGGCGAACAAGCGGACGGUCUGGAAGGUCGAGACCGCGGGCACGGGCGCGACGAACCCCAUCGUCGACGGCACCUUCGAGCUCACGCUCUCCGUGUCCGGCCAGUCCUACACGACGGACCCGAUCCCCUACGACGCCGUCGGCAGCGCCUUCGACGAGACGGGCGUCUACGAGACCCUCGUCUCGUCCGGCGCCGUGUCCGCGCGGACGUUCCAGCUGACCAACGACUCCUCCGUCGUCGUCGCGUCGGGCUCCCUCGCGGGCAUCCUCUUCGACAACGACCUCAUCCAGGUCGAGGGCCAGCGCCACGAGGGCGAGGUCUACCGCGUGUCGCUGCUCGACCCGUCGGGCACGACGUUCAACCUCACGAACCCCGCCACGGACGAGGCGCGCAUCUUCCUGGGCACGUCGAAGACGGCCGCCAAGGUCACGCGCGUCCACGGCGGCCGCGGCACGUCCGCGACGUCCGAGGUCUUCUGCGAGGAGGAGACGGGCUACUGCUCGAGCGGCGGCCGCCUCGACUUCUCCGGCUCCGUGGAGUCGAAGCUCGAGGCGCUCGACGAGCUCAUCGACGCCGGCGUCAACGUGAGCCGCUACGGCCCCGACGACACGAACGGCUUCUCCUGGUUCGUCACGUUCCUCGACGACUCGCCCGCGUCGUCGACGAACGACUUCGCGCUCUCGCUGUCGACGAACUCGCUCGAGGACUACAACGGCACGAUCGGCGGCGCCGGCGCGUCGGUCACGCUCACGCAGUGGCAGGCCGGCGAGACCUACUCGGACUGCACGGGCGUGUCCCACGUCGUGCCGUCCGACGGCAGCGGCCUCCAGAACGGCCUGCUCUACUACACGCGCGUCACGGCGAUCAACAGCGUCGGCUACUCGCUGCCCCAGGCGACGGACUCGGCCAUGAAGCCCAUGACGACGCCCGGCGCGCCGACGUCCGUCGUCUUGUCGACGGUGUCGGCGACGCAGCUCCGCGUCCAGUUCAGCAGCCCGACGUGGGACGGCGGCGACGAGAUCACGUCCUACCUCGUCGAGUACGCGACGGACGCGGCCUUUGCGUCGACGGAGAGCGUCACCGUGAGCUACCUCGACGGCGGCUCGCCCUUCUACAAGACCAUCUCGUCCCUGACCAAGGGCCAGGAGUACUACGUCCGCGUCUCCGCGGGCAACAGCCAGGGCUACGGCACGCCCCAGUCGACGGCGCCGUCGAGCGCCGCGCCCUACGAGGAGAGCGGCGCGCCCAGCGACGUCGAGCUCGGCAUCACGUCCGACUCCAUGCUGACGAUCGGCUACGCGUACCCCGCCGACGACGGCGGCGACGACGUGUCGUCGUACCGCGUCGAGUGGGACACGUCGUCGAGCUUCAACUCGCUCUCCGCGUCGCCCCACAAGGGCACCGUCGACGUCGACGCGUCCGUGGCCAUGUCCUACACCAUCGACGAGCUCACGACGAGUACGACGUACUACGUGCGGGUCCUGCCCAUCAACGCGGCGGGCUACGGCACCGCGUCCGCGACCAUGUCCGCGGCGCCCGCGCUCCAGGUCGCGGGCAUCCCGCGGUCCAUCUCCGUCGCCGCGGGCACGUCCGCCGGCGAGGUCGACGUCGAGUGGCUCUACCCGCGCGUGCCGCACCACGGCGUGCCCUGCUCGGCCUUCGACGCGUCGCCGGCCGAGUGCCCGACGGCGCUCGGCAGCUCGCUGCCCGAGUCGACGGGCGGCUCCGCGAUCAUCGAGUACGAGGUCGAGUGGAACGAGAAGGACGGCUUCGACGGCACGGACGGCGGCUCCAUCACGACGACGUCGACGUCGAUCACGAUCUCGGGCCUCACGGAGGAGCGCGGCUACUACGUCCGCGUGCUCGCGCGCAACUCCGUCGGCUCGGGCAAGUUCUGCGAGAACGAGGGCUCGGUCUGCACGGGCUCCCAGCUCUACGCCGUCGCCACCGCGGACGCGUAG